AUAUUAGCAACAUGGCAAUAAUUUAAUGAAAUGAACAGAGCUUUCAAUUUUCUCUAUAAGUUGGCCACUCUGGAAGCCCCCAAGCAACAAACAAAGUUAGAAAGUGGGUGUGUGAGAGAGCGCUCCUCCGGUGGUGAGAGUGGAUUGAUCUCCACCCAUAGGCAUACGAUCACGUUGCCGGAAUUGUCAUGGAGGUUCAAGUAAGGCACAACAACAAAUUGGUGAAACCAUCAUCCCCGACCCCAUCUCACCUUCGAAAGCUGAAGUUGUCCUUCAUAGAUCAGCAUCAGGGUCCUUACUACCCGGGAAUAAUCUUUUACUAUCACGCGGCCUCUGGUGAUGCCAAAAGUGCUUGGACGAGGGUCCAUCGACUCGAAGAAUCACUUGCCGAGACACUGACCAUAUUCUACCCUCUAGCAGGGAGAAACGGGGAAGAGGGUGACAACUUUGUGGUUACCUGCAAUGACCAAGGUGCCCAGUUUGUGAAGACAAAAGUUAAUCGCAGGCUCGAUGAGCAUCUUCUUGAUGGGGGAGCCAGCGGCUCCGACAUGCUCCUUACUCGGCCAGUGGUUUCGACCGGAGAAGUGAGGAGCUCCCUGCCCCUGCUUCUUGUUCAAGUCAAUGUGUUCGAGUGUGGCGGCUUAGCUGUCAGCGUGCAAUGUCUUCAUGCCGUCAGCGAUAUGAGCUCCAUAUCCAAGUUCAUCCAUGCGUGGGCUACAACAUCUCGUGAGGGCAUUACGAAGGUAAUCAUCCGGCCGAGCUUUGAUACCGGAAGCCUAUUUCCCAUCAAGGAGGAACCUGAAGAAUCAUUUCCACUGCCGAUGGAGGUUGGAGGGGAUCAAAAACUGGUAUUGAAAAGAUUCGUAUUCAAUGCCGAAGCAUUAUCGGAUUUGAGAGCCAAGAUAAUGGCCACCUUCGGUUCACAGGACAAAGGAAGUGAUUUCCAUAAGAAGAGGCCUUCAAGAGUGGAGCUCGUAACAGCCCUCAUAAGCAGGGCUCUGAUUAGUAUAGAUCAAGCGAAAACGGGACAACUGAGACCUAUGGUAUUAGUACACUCCGUAAACUUUCACACAAAAACACAGAUCCCGAUACCCCAGAACGCAUACGGUAACUUGUUUGUGGAGUAUGUCAGCUCUCCGUUCUUGCCCAAGGAAGACAGUGAUUUAGGAUUAUUGUGUACACUGUUUGUUUGGCUCAGGGAUGGACUGAAGAACUUUGUCGGUCAGCUUGGCAAAGUAAAAGAUCCCGAGGAGCUUAGGUUCAAAGUGGCUGCAUCACAAGAAAAGUUGGGUGAGCUCAUGUCAACAGGAGAUGCGAUGAAUUUAAUUCUUUUCACAAGUUGGUGUGAUUUCCCCGUCUAUGAUGUCAAUUUUGGUUGGGGGGCGCCGGGCUUGGUAAGUGGAUCGAAAUUCUACGUAGAAUUGAUCUUUCUUACGGAUACUAAAACUGGAGAUGGAAUUGAGGCCUGGGUAACCUUGGAGGAAGAUAAGAUGUCCAGGUUCGAGCGCGAUUUAGAUAUCUUAAGAUAUGCAAAUCUAUACCAUCUUUUGUGUGGUUUGUAAUUUGUUAGCGUUUAAUUAUUUGAGUUCGUAUCACUUGUAAUGAUCCGUCUGGUUUGUCCCAUUGUGAUUUACCCCAGAGAGCCGGUUGUUGCCAAGUGACAAGUGAUGGGUGACUUCCAGUCGAUUAUCCCUCGUGCUUGACCUCCCUCGCCUGCCCGCUGCAUUGAAUUGCCUUCUCUCUCGCCAAAUAGCUUCAAUGCUUCCUGUGAAU